AUGAAAUAUUGCAGCAAAUUAAUUAAUUUUCAAUGCAUCAAAGGGCAAAGACAUUUACAUACUACACCGCAGGGAUCUUCAAAGGAAAUUAAAAGUCGUUGUGUGGUUGUGCUUGGAAAAUACUUUAUGAGAAGUCUUAACCAAACGAUUCAAUAUAAUUUUCAUUUGAGAAAUGGUUUUCCCAGCUCUGAAAUCAUUCAAGGAAUCCAAGAACAUACCAAUUGGGAAUUCCAUAGCGAAACAUUAAAUGACGGCAACGUUUUUCCCGUCCAUGUAAAAGGAAUGAGAGAGAAGAAAAUUAAUAUUUACCUGUGCUUUUCCGUUUGGUGCCGAAUUGUUGCGAAAACGAGUAUAGCUUAUGAAAAUUUAAAACUCGUCGUCUUUCUUGGUUCUCAAGCCAAAAAGUGA